AUGUCUCAAAUCGCUUCAAAGAACAUUUACGAGCUACUGGGCAAUGACCCAGAGCUCGACCCCAACAGGCCGGCUGACCCGCCAACGAGGGCAAUUGAGAAGCCCGUCAUGAGGCAUGGCAAGCGCGAUGGAUCCGACCUCCCCAAGUCCAUCCCCGAGAGGCAGAGCCACCAGAACCGUGCCAAGCAGACCGACAACGCCAACGAGAACGCUUUCCGGGAUCGUGGCGUAGGAUCUGACAAGAACCGUGGAAGGGGAUCUGGUGAGCCUACUGGCACUGGAGCUCGCGGUGGCCAGCGCGGUCGUGGUCGCGGUGGUCGCGGUGGAGGUCGUGGUGGUGCCCGCGCCGAUGACCGUCACAGCAGGACCGGCAUCAGCGAACACGACAAGCAAGUUGCUCACGGCUGGGGCGGAAAGGACGGCGAUGCUGAGUUGGCUGAUGAGCAGGCUGGCGAGGCCAUCGCUCAGGCCGAAGAGAAGGACGCUAUCCGGGAAGAUGCCGAGGGCGAGAACGCCGAGCCUGAGCCCGAAGAUAAGAGCAAGUCCUACGCUGCCUACCUUGCUGAGCAGGCCGAGAAGAAGCUUUCUCUUGCCGCCCAGAACGUUCGCAAGGCCAACGAGGGCAGCAGCCAGAAGUUCCCCGAAGGUACUGCGCUCUCCCGCGACGACCAAGAAGACUUCAUCGCCGGUGGACAAGGCAAGGCCAAGCGUGAGCGCGCGCGCAAGGAAAAGGUUCACGUUGAGCUCGACGGUGACCGUAUGCUUGCUCCCCCUCCCCGUGAGGGCGGCGGCCGAGGACGCGGUCGUGGCCGUGGCGAAUUCCGUGGCGGCGAGGGACGUGGGCGUGGAAACGGCGAGGGACGCGGUCGCGGCGAGGGUCGUGGAGAGUUCCGCGGACGUGGCCGUGGCGGUGAGACUCGUGGACGUGGUGAUGCCCGUGGUCGUGGUGGCCGCGGUGGUGCCCCCGGUCCCAACAUCACCGACUCAAGCGCCUUCCCCAGCCUCGGCGCAUAG